UUCAAUGAAAAAGACAUGAUUUUUGUUUUCUACCGUGAAAACGGAACAGAAAUCACAGAAAUCAUCUUACCCAAAUCCCUCUCUGCCUCUCCUCCGUUAUCACCUAACCCUAAGCUGAGUUUCCCUGUCUUUCCGUUUUCAAUGGGACAACAAGACUCAGGAUCGUGUCUCACCGAAGAAGAGGAUACCAAAUUCAGCGAUUCCCUUGAAGAAUUCCCCCUCUUAGAGGCUUCCAACUCUAUUGAGUUUGAAUACUCAGUCCCCCAAUCGAACUCUUCAUCAGUUUCUGAGAUCGAUGACAACUGCUGGGACUCAAUUUCAAACCUAUCAAAGCACAAGCCGGAGUCGCAAUCAUUCUCUUCCUAUACCGGUGUCCGACGCCGUCGACACAUUCCCCGACAAAGUUCGAAAGAACAUCCAUUGUCUCCUUUUAAAAAUAGUGCCGAUGGUUUAGUAGAUUUUGAUGUUAAUGAAUCUAUUAUUUCUCCGGGAAAGAAGCACAAGUUAUGGAAUUUGAAGGAUACUGAGAAAUUGAAUGGCAAACUGAAUCUUACUAAAGUUCGUGCUAACUCAGACAGAGUUGGGAAGCGAUUUGCCGAUGCAACAAGUGUGAAUUCCUCAAAUUCUAGCGUAAUCACCACUGUUACUGCUGAUGAAAAUGUCAGUGAUGAAUCUGUUAUGGUGGAUUCACCGAAUUCUGGUUCGAAUUUGCUUUUCACCUUAGCAGGAUUAACACUCAGAGCUAUUUCAUUCCAAAUAACUUUGUUAGUUGGCUUUGUCACAUUUCCCAUAUGGUUACUGCAUUCAUCUUACCUUUUUCUUAUCGAUCCUUUCGCCAUUGUGAAGACUGCAAAAGGUUACCUGAUAAGAAACAUUUCAACUCUAUUAAAGUUCUGCUUUGGUAAUGUCAAAAGGGUUUUGUUUCAAUGGAUCACAGGAAAAAAAUCAACAUGGAAGUUAUGUCUGCAAAUAGGAUGGGGAUUGUUGUGGUCAGCUUUCAUUGGUUUCAUUUUGAUUGGUUUAGUAGUUUUCUCGCUUGUUAUCAGUGGCACAAUAAUGAAAUUCAUCACGGAAGUGCCUUUUCAUAAAGUCCAGCAAUUGAAUUUUGAUUAUACUCAAGAUACUCCCAUGGCUUUUGUGCCAAUAAUGUCUUCUCAACAGCCAUUUUGUUUGGGUUGUGAUGAAAAUAUAAAAUUUGGGGAUGUUGCUCAAUCACGGAUUAUACCUCAUGAUCACAAACUACAGGCUACUGUCUCUUUAACCUUGCCAGAAUCAUACUACAACAGAAAUCUUGGGAUCUUCCAGGUACGGGUAGACUUUCUCUCAGAAAGCGGAAAAUUCCUUGCAACCACAACACAACUAUGCAUGCUACAUUUCAAAAGCCCUCCUAUUCGCCUUCUAACAACGUUUCUUAAACUCGCACCAUUAAUCACGGGCUACUCAUCGGAAUCCCAAACCGUAGAAAUCAAAUUUAGAGAAUACACAGAACGGAAAAUCCCAACUUCCGGCGUGAGGGUGGUGCUGGAACCACGGGCACAAUUUGCAAAGGGCGGCGGUUUGCCGGAAAUAUACACUGCGUUUCUUAAACUCGAGUCGCAACUUCCCUUUUUCAAAAGGAUUUUGUGGUCUUGGAGGAUAACAAUUUUCGUGUGGAUUAGUAUUGUGGUGUUUACAACGUUGUCUUUUUUUGCUUUCCUGUGUUGCUCACCGGUGUUUCUUCCACGCCUACGGCCGUCAGCUCAGAGGGUGGUGCCGCUACCGGCUGAUAAUGCUCCCCGGCGGAGUUCGAAGUAGCUUCUUCGGUCCAUAUCUUUACUUCCUGAAACACGCCAACAAAGAAGAUGGAGAAGAAAAUACACUGGAUAAAACCCAAAAAGGUAUAUAUUUAUGUAUUGGGUAUUCAAAAUGGAUUCUUCAUGUAUAAUCGUAGUGUGUUUGUGAUGAAGGUUGAAUAAUUAGGGUUUGCAAUAGCUUUUUAUUUGUUAGUAUGUUUACGGGAUGAAUUGUAUAUAAGUCGAUGAUCACUACUUAUAUUCAGAAAUCAAACAAAUUCUGCAUAUAAGGUGUUGUAUUUAUGUAUUUUUGGGCAGGAAAUACAAUAUGAAUAUAGUGUUAUUAAACAUAA